AGUUUGUAACGCAUUCGAUUAUAAAUAUGUUUGAUUCACAACAAGCGUCGAUUCAGGUUGGAUCAGUUAGCAAGUUUCAAGAAGAAGCCAACGUGAUGAUUUAUGAAGUAUUGAAAACAUCUCGUGAAGAAAUGUUUGCAAGUGAAGAUGGAAAGUAUAGUGAAAAGUAUUUAGGUAAGACUAGAGAGCUUUAUUUGUUUGUGCGUAGAGAUUUAGGCGUUCGUACUAGAAGAGGAGAUGUGGCAUCGGGAAAACAUGGGGUGACUGUAGGUAGUUUGGUGGGAAAGAUUGUGAAGUCUAUGGAAUUUAAUGGUGGAUUAGGAUCGGUUUUGGUCAAGGUGUUUGAAGGGAUUAGGUCUAAAUAAAUUCAAAUUAGUUUCUUUCGGUUUCUUUUUUUAGAGAGAGAGAUCUUUGGAGUGUCCUCGUAUAGAAUUGUUGAAUGAUUUCAUGUAUCUCUUCUUUUUAUUUAUCUAUUUCCUCUUUCUUUCUUUCUUUCGCUCUCUCUAUGUGUGUGUGUGUGAAGAAAUUAUAUGUCUGUAUGGGUGUGUUUGAUGAUAAGGUAUUUAGAGAUAGGUUAUAUAUAUAUUGGAUCCCACUAUUUAGAG